ACCAACGACGAGCCAAUCCAAGAAGACGCCCUCAUAAUGCUCGCCUCGCAAUCCAAACUCCUCACCGCAAUCGCCUGCAUGAAAAUGGUUGAGCUAGGCCACAUAACUCUUGACGACGAUGUAUCACCACACAUGCCGGAACUCGCCAAAAAACAAAUCCUCACAGGCUUCGACUCCAAUGACAAGCCCAUCUUCGUCGAUCGCAAAAAUCCCAUCACCCUUCGCCAACUCCUCACACAUUCUUCCGGCGUGACAUACGGCGUGCACCCUCGCGUUUUGAAAUUAGAAUUAAGCUCUGGUCGUCCAUCACCUGUGGAAAGAUUAUCAUCCACUGUCGCCGAACGAUAUGAUUUCCCCCUGACUUACGAACCAGGCACAAGUUGGGAAUAUAGUCCCGGACUCGAUUGGGCCGGACUCCUUCUCCAUCGCCUCACAGGUCUGACGUUGGAAGAAUUCGAAAAGAAACAUUUCUGGGAACCGAUGAAUAUCAAAGGUCUCACGUUUUGGCCGAGCGAGGAUUUGAAGAAGACGAAACAAGCAGACCUCGUGAUUAGAGGUGAGGAUGGGAAAUUCGUUCCUAAUGGUGAGACUCCGACUUUGAAUACUUAUUCUAAGGAUUGCUUCGGUGGACAUGGCAUGUAUGCUGUCAUCUCCGAUUACCUCAAGGUUUUGAAGAGUCUGUUGGCCAACGAUGGAAAACUCCUCAAACCUUCGAGCGUGGAUGAAUUCUUCAAACCUCAACUCGGUGCGGAUUCGGAAAGGGAUUUGAAUUCUUUCAUUCAGGGUUGGCAUGGGAUGUUUCCGGGAGAUAUCAGACCGGAUAUUCCGAUUCAGUAUGCGCUUGGUGGGAUGGUGUUCAUGGAGGAUGAUGUGGGGAGGAGAAAGAAGGGAACGUUGUCUUGGGGUGGUUUGUAUAAUCCGUUUUGGAUUGUUGAUCGCACGUCCGGAUUGGCGUAUACGUUUGGGACUCAGGUUUUGCCGUCUGGUGAUCCCGGGUGUAAGGAGAUGGAGGGAAUUAUGGAGAAAGCUGUUUAUAAGAUGGCGGGAUUAGCUUGA